AUGAAUACCUCAUCUACCGGACCCCGAAAAAGCUCCAGAUUUUCAGUUAGAUUAUAUCAAUACUACAGAUUAUCUUCGAGCUUUCUUUACGCAGCUCUACUGGCUAGAUGGACUAUUCUUCUUCCAUUAGUUGGAUCGAAAUUUCUGCCCGGCGGCAUCCAUCAAUUUCUCUGCUAUCUGCUUAUCUUUACCUCCACGUUUGACCUGUUUUGGAAUGCGAAGUUUCAUGGUAUUAAAUCACUCUUUAGAUCAAGGACCACUUUAAAGGACCUUAACUUUUUUUAUUUUGUGGCUGUGAUGCAUUUCCACGAUGACUACGAACAUGCUCCGGUGCUUAAAAACACGAGUUAUUCCUGCUUUAUCAUAGGGCUCGCAUUCACACAAAUGUAUUACCACUGGUGUAAACUAUUUAAAGCCUCUUCAAGACCUAAGCGAUCAGUGUGGUGGAGAAUGGAUUCUUUUCUAAUGAUGCCGUUACUAUAUUCCAGCGAGUUUUAUUUGCUGAUGCUCAAUCUACAAAUGCCUAAUUAUCAUUUGAGCACUCAGCUCGAGACCUUGAAUAAAGUACUCCUGGUUCUCUUCAUUCCUGUCUCCUUGCAUGCCUUCAAGAAACAAAUUUCGCUUUUAUAG